UAUGUUUAAGACACUGGAGUGGUGAUUCACUUGGGUUACGCAGAGCUGCAGUUGCAAUUAAAGUGUAGUCAGGUAGCAUACAAAGGAUUUUAAGAUGCAGUGCCCCAGGCAAUGCUAUCCAGCUAUAAAUUUCCUAAACAACCUUCAUCAACGACGCAGACAUUCUGCUUCUGAUAUACUCCUGAAAGUCCUGCAGAGACGGCGGAGCUCUGCCUUGAGGGUUCUUUCCUCAUCCACGCAUUGGGUAAUGAUAGCUGUGUCUGCUGUGAGUAUUGCUGAGGCAACUGAUGACCUGCAAGCACAGAAGUUCAUAGGAAAAAAAGAGAAUUGCCCCUUUGGGUGGUCUGAAGCACAACAAUCAGCUUUGAAUGUCAGGAGGCCUACUGCAAAAUACACAAAGGUUGGUGAGAGGUUGCGGCAUGUUAUUCCGGGACACAUGCAGUGUUCGAUGACCUGUGGUGGUCGAGCCUGCAAGUAUGAAAAUCCCUCUCGUUGGACAGAAGAAGAGCAAGCCAUCAAAGGGCUCUAUUCCUCAUGGAUCACAGACAACCUGCUGGCAAUGGCUCGGCCUUCCACUGAAAUUAUUGAAAAAUAUGAUAUAAUUGAACAGUUUCAAAGGUGUGGUAUCAAAACCAUAAUUAAUCUGCAGCGUCCUGGAGAGCAUGCAAGCUGUGGAAACCCACUGGAGCAGGAGAGUGGCUUUACCUACCGACCUGAGAUAUUUAUGGAGGCUGGAAUUUAUUUUUAUAAUUUUGGAUGGAAGGACUAUGGAGUGGCCUCUCUCACCACUAUUCUUGACAUGGUGAAAGUAAUGUCUUUUGCAAUUCAAGAGGGGAAAAUGGCAAUUCACUGUCAUGCAGGGCUAGGCAGAACAGGUGUGCUGUUAGCUUGCUAUUUAGUUUUUGCAACACGGAUGAGUGCUGACCAAGCAAUUCUUUUUGUGAGAGCAAAGAGACCCAAUUCAAUUCAAACCAGAGGGCAGCUGUUGUGUGUGAGAGAGUUUGCCCAAUUCUUAAUACCUCUGAGAAGCAUCUUUGCCUGUGCUGAACCCAAAUCCAAUGCAGUCACUUUGUCUCAGUAUCUGAUUCGCCAACGUCAUCUUUUACAUGGUUAUGAAGCUAGGCAGCUCAAAAAUGUGCCAAAAAUUAUACAGUUGAUUUGCAAGCUCUUGUUAGACAUUGCACAAAAUAGGCAGGUGAUUGAGGAGGAGAUUUUGGAGAUCCCUGACCUGUCAGCCGAACUUGAAAAAACUGUAUCUCAGAUAGCCAUUUUGCAGUUAGAUCAUGAGCUGAAUGACAAGGAUAGGCAAGCGUCAGGCAGCAUUGCUAAUGAUACUAGUGAGUCCGCCCUAUCGAGCGAAUCUGAGUUUGAUCCCUUGUGGAAGAGACGCAAAACGGAAUGUCUCCGUCCACUAUCAUACCUUAAAAGGCGUCUUAGCUACAGUGACUCUGAUCUGAAGAGAAGAGAGAUCCUUCUGGAUCAAGGAGAAACACCUCUUUCUGUGCCUGCCAAUAUGCAUUGUACCUGUACUUUUACUAAGCAAAGCUUGUCUCAGACCAGCCUAGUGGAACCUUUCAGCAUUGAAGACAACACAGUGCCUAACGUGUCCAUUCAAGCUUCAAGCAAUAAAACAGAUCCAUUUUUCACUGGUACUAGUGUUUGGGACCAAAGGAAUGGAUCUCCAAUUUUACAAAGGAGAGAUUCCUCAAAAGAUGUGCAGCGUGGCCGAACAUCCUCUUUAGGCUCUUUACUGACAGAAAACAAGAAGACUAUCAAAGAUAAUGAACUUUGUGGUGAAAAAGGUUUUACAGCUUGUCACUCCAACAUCUCAUCUACAGAAGAGUCAAUAUUUUCAGAGUCAAUGUUUCACAUCAGUGAUGAGUGGAGAGACAGAUCUGAGGAGAUUCCUUUUAUCACACUGCAGUCUGAACUAUCUAUUGAAUCCAGAAGGAUUUUAGUGGCACAGGCACUUGCAGUUGAUAUGGAUAUUGAGAAUGACAAAGACCACCAGCAGAAGAUUGAAAGUUGGCAGAGAGAGCUUAACUCCAAAGAAGGAGCCUGGGACAGAAUAUGCUCUGAACGAGAUCCAUUUGUGCUUGCUGCACUAAUGUGGUCCUGGAUGGAGCAGCUUAAGGAGCCAAUUAUAACCAAACAUGACCUUCAAGUUCUUGAGCAGAAAUGUGCUGAUCCAGAGCAAGCACUCUACUCCUUGGAAAAGAGUGCCCAGCAAACCCUGCUUUGUAUUCUGGAUUGCCUCGCCUUUGUGCACGUCAUCCCGGAUGACAUAGAGGAGGCUUGCCUGGUGCGGCUUAUUAAGGCUUUUACCAAAGUUGAAUUUAAAAGUGAUGAUGGGCUAUGGGUUUACAACAUACUUAAAACAAUUGUAAGGCCACUGUUGAGUGAAAAGAGAAGAAAAAUUACAGAGCAACUGGAGUCUGCAUGUACUUGUUUACAUGUAUCUUAGUGCGUAAACUAGCCACUUCAACAACUUGGUUGAUAAUUACUUACGAUUGACUGUAUUUUCAACUUUGUAGUAGUGGCAAAAUAUAAUCAGAAAUGGGGUCCCAACAAAUUAAGUCAUUUGUUGGUUGUUAUUUAACAAUUUUCACAUUUAAAUUUGCUAGGGAGACAAAAUGUGUUUUCACAUUGCAGGUAAUCCAUCUUUUAAACUAUAUUUAUUUAUUUAUUUUUUAAGUGGACUGGUAUUAUGCUUGAAAAACUGUUGUCUAACUCAUCCUUAGUAAUAAGGAGAUGUAUCUGCAAGGAAAUAUUUUAGUUUUGUUCAGUUCAUUAAGUACAUAACUACAUUGAAAAAGGCACAGUUAUGUGAUAUUUAUUCUGGUGCAUCUCAAAAGUUAUAUUUGGCCACCUAAUGUUUGAUACCGUUUAGGAAAACUGCCAUUAAGGGAAGUGCCAUAUUGAUGGGUUUUCUGAUAAGUUGUUUUUCACAGCCUCCACUGUUUUUGGAACCAGGAACUUUCACUUGAUAUGCAGUGGUGAUACAUACUGUAUAUACUCACUGGCCACGUUAUUAGGUACACCUGUUCAACUGCUUUUUAAUGCAAGUAUCUAAUCAGCCAGUCAAUGGCAGUAAUUCAGUACAUUUAGGGAUGUAGACAUUGUCAAGACAACCUGCAAAAAUUCAAACCGAGCAUCAGAGUGAGGAAGAAGGGUGAUUUAAGUGACUUUGAACGUGGCAUGGAUGUUGGUGCGAGAUGGACUGGUCUGAAUAUUUCUGAAAAUGCUGAUCUACUAUGAUUUUCACGUACAACAAUCUCUAGAGUUUACAGAGAAUGGCCCGACAAAAGGAAAAUAUUCAGUGAAUAGUUAUUGAUCCCAGAGGUCAAAGGAAAAUGAUCAGACUGGUCCAUGCUGAUAGAAAGGCAACAACAGUAAGUCAAAUAACUACUUGUUGCAACUGAGGUAUGAAGCAGAGCACUCUGAACACACAACACGUUGAACCUUAAAACAGAUGGACUUCAGCAGCAAGAGACCACACCGGGUGCCACUCCUGUCAGCUAAGAAUAUGCAACUCAGGCUACACAUUGCAUGGCUUUACCAAAACUGGACAAUAGAAGAUUGGAUAAAUGUUGCCUAGUCUAAUGAGUCUUGAUUUCUGCUGUGACAUUCGGAUGGUAGGGUCAGAAUUUGGAGUCAAUAACAUGAAAGCAUGGGUCCAUCCUGCCUCGUAUCAACAGUUCAAGCUGCUGGUGGUGGUGUAAUGGUGUUGGGGGAUAUUUUCUUGGUACACUUUAAGCCCCUUAGUACCAUCUAAGCAUCAUUUAAAUGCCAUGCCCAUUACGUUAUGACCACUGAUGGUUAUUUCCAACAGGAUAAAGUGCCAUGUCACAAAGCUCAUAUCAUUUCAAGCUGGUUUCUUGAACAUGACAAUGAGUUCACACAAAUGGCCUCCA